GUCCAAAAAUUAGAAUAAACAGUUAUGUAAAGUGAAUAGAUGACAUUAUCCUAUCUGUCGCCAUAGUAGUAAUGACAUACUGACUAACUCUUAUAAAUAGAUGGUUACUACUUGUACAUACCUCUUGUUCCGAAAAAAAAUAACUGCUUACUGUUAUGAAUAAAAAAGAAUCCUAAUCUAUCUGUAAUCUUUUAACAUGGAUUGAUCCUAAUAAUCAUAUCUCUCAUUAAUUAUGCUUAAUACUACUUAUUAUUGUGAAUUAUUAAAGUAAAACAAACUGGAGCAUAACAAUUGGUGAUAAUUAUAAAAGAAAAGUACAGGAAUUGUUGAAGGCUAAAAUACCAGAUCAUGAGAUAUUCAAGAAAGGAAUUCAAUUUCUCCGUUGUUUUAUGGUUACCUCUAUUGCCUGUUUUGAUGCUUUGUAUCGGAGAUUACUUCAGAAAGAAGACAUCCUCGAAAACAGACUUGUGCUGGAAAGACCUGAUUAAUAAUGCAUCAGUUGCGAAAGAAGGAGUAGAUUGGGUCUCAACUCGGAUUUCGCGUCUUCGUAGAUUAUUUGACUUCAGUGAAAGUAUUUCAAUGAAAACCAUCAAGAUGGAUCAAAUAACAAAUGAAAAUCGCAUUGGUAUUUCUCAUGAAACACUUAGAAGUCGUGCUUUGAACUACGUUCAUGAAGCACAAAACACUUUGACAAAUUUACACAGCAUUUCUACACAAUUACAAGGACUUCAUCAUAAGGAUUUGAACAAUGAAACAGUUUCAUCUAUUCAAGCAUCAUUAAUUCGCUAUCGACAGAAUAUGGAGGAAAUUAUUUUAUAUUUGGAAAUUAUUCUUAACAAAUUAGGUCAAUUAGAUGGAUUUUCACAAAUCAAAAUGAUUGGCUUAGAUAAGCUUUCACAGAGACUAGAUAAGAAGAUUCAUGAGCAACAGAAUCCUUCAGAUUGCAAAAUGGCCAAAUAUGUGACAUUUGACUUCACUAAUUUGUGUGGGUUUGGUUGUUCCAUGCAUCAACUCAUGUUUUGUUUUCAAUUGGCCUUUGAAUCGGAGCGCGUUUUAAUAGUGAGGAAUCACCCGCCCGGAGAUGUUUUUCGAGAAUGGCUUCAUCAGAACACACUUCCACUUUCUGAGAAAUGUAGUCAUGUGGAUACAAAUGGUAGAUCAGAUAACAUUCGAUGUCCUUUUAUUCGAUAUGGUCACAAAGCACAUAACUGGUUGCCACAUGUUCUACCGGUAGAUAUGAAUGCAGAAUUAUUACGUUUACAUGAAGCACCAUAUGUUUGGUUUGCUGGUCAACUAGCAGCCUACAUUUUGCGUCCAAGGCCACAAUUUGCACAAUUAAUCAAUGCAACCUUGAAGAGCUUUAAAGCGAGUGGAAAUCCUGUUGUUGGCGUGCAUAUCAGACGUACUGAUAAGAUAAUUUACGAGGCUAAGUUUCACAACUUAUCAGAGUAUAUGAAACAAGCGGAUAAAUUCUUUGAUCGACAAAAUGCUAGUUUCCUGACAAUGUCGAAGAGACAUGACAUAGAAGAGAAGAAAUUUGGAUCGAUUUUUGGAAGAACUAUUAGAAACAAUAACUCAUCUAAAAGAAGUGUUUAUUUGGCCACAGAUGAUCCGAAUGUUUUUACUCAAUUCCCAUACAGUCAUCCUAACUACAUUUUAUAUGGUAGUCCAGGUAGAUCCCAUUCAGCUGAUUUGAGGAUGCGGAAGACAUAUAAUUCAAUGAAUAAUGUAAUCAUUGACGUCAUUGCACUUUCAAUGACAGAUUUCCUGGUGUGUACAUUUUCAUCGAAUAUUUGUCGUUUAGCUUAUGAAUUAAUGCAAACGCGUCAUAUGGAAUUCGGUGAUACAACACAAUUAUGUCAUUCCAUCGAUUUUGCAUUCCAUCAAGAAGAUUACAGCAGACUAAAAUUUGAUGUGAUUAUACCAGAUAUGAAAGGGCAUUUAAAGUAUGGUGAUGUAGUAGAUGCUUUCAUAAAUCAUGGGAACGGUUCAGCGUCAGUAAAACUGGAGAAGAAUACGAAGAACGAAUUUUUCAUUGCACCUGCUUACAAGUUUCGACCAACAAUAAACAUGACUUGGUUCAACUGACAGAAGUGAUAUUAUUUCAAAAGACUACAUAUCAUUUUAAAUUCAGUUUUAUACCGCCAUCUUUUUUCCAGCUUCCCUUUUGGUGCGUGACAUUAUCCUACACAUAGUUAGAAAUAUAUAUAUUCACACUAUU